CAAGCUGGAAACGUCAGCACUCUAAAUAGAAAUGUCUUGAGAGAAGCGCAAGAGAAGUGCGGAAUUCUCCAUCUAUACAGUAUUUGUUACUUUGUAAUUGCAUAUUAAGAUAUAAACUUCUAUUUAUAUUUGCAACGUAGAAUCAAAUUAUAAUAAUGUCAUCUGAGCCAAUAUUAAAUCCUCCUAUUCCUUAUGUGGGAUCCAUUGAAGGAGGUUUAAAACCUGGAAAAAUGGUAAAAAUUCAAGGCAAAGUUUCUCCUGAUGCUGUACGUUUUGCUAUAAAUUAUCAACUAGGACCUAAUUUAAAUCCAAGAGAUGAUAUAGCUAUUCAUGUUUCACCACGCUUUCCAGAAGGAUUUAUUACUAGAAAUCAUAUAGAAUCAAUGACUUGGGGUAUAGAAGAAAAUGAAGGUCCUAUGUUGAUACAACCUGGCCAAGAAUUUGAAAUUCUUCUUUUAUGUGAUCAUAAAUGUUAUAAAAUUGCCAUAAAUGGCAGACAUUUUACAGAAUUUAAUCAUCGAUUAUCAUAUGAUAAAGUGACACAUUUGGUUAUUGAUGGUGAUGUAGAAAUACAAUCCAUCUCAUAUGAAAUUGUACCUAUAGAUCCGCCUAAUUCUCCUAAAGUAUUAUCUACACCAGAUGUACCUAUUGCUAACUUUGGCCCACCACCUCCUGGAGGAUUAUAUCCUACAAUACAAGGUGGAUAUGGUCCAUCUCCAGGUCCUGGUUAUGGCCCACCUCCUUCAGGUCCUGGUUAUGGUCCACCACCUUCAGGUCCUGGUUAUGGUCCUCCACCUAAUGCAUAUGGAGGUUUUCCUCCAAAAUCAUAUGGAUAUCAACCUGGAUAUGAAAAGCCUGAAGAAGAAGAUGCAUUUAGUGGUUGUUUGGAUAAAGUAGGCCUUGCAUUAGGAGGAUUAGUUGCUGCAGGAGGUAUAGCAGCUGCUGCACAUGCUAUAAAUAAAAAAAAAGAAGAAGUUGAAAAAGAUCAAGAAAAGUCUGAUGCUUCUAAAUCAAAAACAGAAAGUGAAAGUGGCUUAGGAAACCUUGGCUCUUUGGGUGCAGCUUUAGCAAGCAGUUUAGUGACCAAUGCUUUAAGUAAUUCGCAUGCACAACAAGGCUAUCCCUCCCAGCAAUCAAGUAAUAGUGGUGGUGUAUUAGAUUCUAUUCUUGGAGCAUUAGGUGGAAGUAGUGGAAAUAAUAUAGCACCACCUCCUACAAAUCAGCCAAGUGAUCCAUUGACAGGAGCCUUAGGAUCUAUUAUUGGUGGUGUUUUUGGUAAUGAUGGAAAUCAAAAAUCAAAUUAUCAGCCUUCAGGAGGUUAUGGAAAUUAUCAACCUUCUGGUGGAUAUUCUAACCAACAAUCAAAUUCAGGUUCAGAUCUUUUAUCUGGAAUAGGAUCAGCAAUUGGCUCUUCUUUGUUUAGUUCAGCUUUAGGAGGUCUUACAAAACAUGGUAAAGAUAAAUCUCACGAAGAUAAUCAUUCAACUCCCCCAUCAACUUAUACAUCAAAUUCUAUGAGACCUUCUGAUAGUUCUGCUUCUAAUGAUUCUUCUUCAGGACAUAAUCUAACAGCAGAAGAAAUUUCAAAAGGCCUAGGUUUGGAUGACUAAAGUAAGUUCAAAUAAAAAUUCACAUAUAAUGAAA